UACCAAAGAAGAAGAAGUAGCUAGCUUGGCUAACCAUAUCAGCGGUGCUGUGUGCCACAUUUUCGUGAAGCCUUUGAACAGCGUUGCCAUCCAGACCUUUUUGCCAAGACUGAGCUCUAGGACCAGACAUGGCACGUGGUCAUCAAAAAGUCCAGUCUCAGCAGAAGAAUGCCAAGAAACAAGCGGAGGCCAAGAAGGCCAAGGGACAUGAUCAGAAGACGGCCGCUAAGGCAGCUUUAGUGCACACCUGCGGUGUCUGCCUGUCACAGAUGCCGGACCCCAAAAC